CCCCCAACCCGCCCGCUGCUCUGCCUGUUUCCCCUCCCCCUCCCCAUAUAUUCAUGACAUGUCCCUUCCUUCUAUGGCCACCUCGGGCUCUACUAAGACGCGUAAAACAGACCAUUCAGCAAAGUCUCUUACCCCCCAGCGCAAGCACCGCAAACUUUUGAAGGAUGGGAGUGGUACAGAGGUAUGGCCUGAGGGCAUAGAGAAGGUGUUCGUCGAGGGUCUCCGUCAGUACUGGCAGUCACCUUGGGCCACCUACUCUCGCGGCCGAAGUCGUUGGCGAAAUCAGUUCUUGGUUGACUAUUUGCAAAGAGCCGGCAUCACAAGAACCAAGAAGCAGGUCGCUAGUCACAUCCAGGUGCUACGGAAUAUGUGGAAGGGCGAACAAGAGUUUCACUUGGUGGCGGGCGGCGAAGAGCUCUUCCUCGAGGCCGGUUUAUUGGGAUCCGUUAAGACGGAAGACCAGCACGAAUUGACUCUCAUUCCCCUGGAAUUUGAUGAUACCGAUACGGCCUCGUCCCAGUCGUCACCGAACUUCUCAGAUUUUACCUCCGAGUUCCCGUCGUCUCCUUCGGGCGCCUCUCAGUUAUACGUAUUUGAUUCUUAUUCCCCCGAUAUCUCAGUUGCCUCGCUUACAUCGUCCCCCGAGCAACCCAUUUCCCCCAUCCUCUCGUCCCCCAAGCAAUAUGACGCGACAUUGCCAUCCGAGCAGGCGGGUCCUUCCCGACUUCAUUCUUCCCCUUUUAUAAAGUCAGCUCAGAUGGGUGGAUGGCAAAACAUGCAGACCGCGCCUAGUAUGAACGUACCGUCAUCCCGCGGUUUUGAUAACCGGGUUACGAGACUGGAAUUGUUGGCGGACGGCAUGGCACCUUUCAGUGUUAGAGUCGACGCCUUGGUUCCCCGUGCGCAGUCCCCGGGUCCAGUUCCUACCCUCUCACUCAAGGUCAAACUAAGCCUUGCGUCUAUCAGCGAUAUUCGGAGUCCUCCCACGCUCCACGGUUUUGCCGCGACAGUAUGUUUUUCCAAUGUCUGGACCACGUACGGCAAGUGUGCUACCAAAGUUUACGCUGGCGGUGUAUGUAUAUCGGAAGAACUCGAGGCUAUCCAAGUCAGUAGUGUCGACGUCGGAGUUGUGAACGCUGUGCUUCCCGACUCAUCCCUGACGCGGUGUCGGUGGUUAGACGCAUCUGUCCAGACCGCCCUUACCCAAGAGAUUAUCGUAGACAAUACUACUCUCCUUUUAGUCGUUUACGACUUGGAUCGGAAUCCACCAGGUAGUUUGCCCCGUGCUGAACUCAUUGGUUUCCGGAAGUACCGGCCUUCAGGUAGCGCUUACGCUUCGAAUACAUCUCAAACCUAUUCUCCUCCCCGCCUUUCGUAUUCUCAGUCCCUCUUUCCCACAUAUAAUGGUUCGACCCCGCCAUCACUGUCUUGCGCCUUGACCCCGUCCUCUAUAAAACCCGUAAUAUCUACUUCGUCAUCUUUCUAAACUGGUUUAUGGAUUCUUUUACAUAUCACAUACGGACUAAAGGUUGUGUUGUAUUAUAUCAUUUUCUCGUCGUACUUAGCAUUAGUUUUCUCUAAUAAAACUAGCUUACUUUUCUAUUUUUGAACUAACGGCCGCCUGGCAACUCAUAAUUUACCCCAGUGGAACUACCACACUAAU